AUGUACACAACCCCUCAGAGGCAUCCGGGCGACACCCAGCGGCAGUACUCGGUCCCGCCGCCUCCGUCCAUGUCGCCGCCGAUGGCUGGAAACCAGAUGAACAACAUGAUGCCCCUGCCACCGCCGCCCCCUCGAUAUACUGUUGCAACAGGUGUCCCAGGAACACAGGGCCAUAUGAUACCUCCUCCUCCCCCUCCUCCUCUCAGCGCUUCCAGUCAGCAAGCAUGGUUUAGCAGUGGAUAUGUUCGCAUGAAUGAUAACCGCUUCCCGCCGCCGCCGCCUCCCCUGGGCCAGAAACAGCUGCAAACGUACAAUCCUAGGGAUCAUGCGCAAUAUCCUACAGCACAGAUCGUGUCUGUACCGCCGCCCGUAGCGCCGGCACCCCUGACCAGUGCUACCUAUGUUCCCAGUGGUGAUACCUUCGGGGAAGGUGUUGGCAUUCCGGGGUUUGGCCUUGGCCCUGAUGACCUAUCAGCAUCGGCGGUGCCUCACUCCCCGAACUGGGCCUCCUAUGAAGGCACAGAUACACUGGGAACAAUGGGCACGCUAGGCACGCUGGGGACGUUGGAUAUGUAUGGGAAGACACCUCCUAUUACCGUGACGAUAUCAAACGAAUUAGCCGCCCAGUGGCCGUUGGAUACGGUUCUUAUCUGGCUGGCACACCACCAAUUUUCCAAGGAGUGGCAGGAAACCUUCAAAGCCCUUAAUCUUUACGGAUCGAAAUUUCUCGAAAUAGGGAUUCAUCAACAAAAUAGCCGUGGAUCUGCGAGUAUGAUGCACCAGUUGGUGUAUCCCAGGUUAAAUGAAGAAUGCGUUCGAAGCGGUUGUGCAUUUGACCAGGAGAAGGAAAGAAAAGAGGCAUCGCGAAUGAGGCGACUGAUCCGAUCGAUUGUUUCAUCCGGCAGGCCUGAUGGAUCCAAUACCACUCCUGGAUCAGGAUUCAGGGACUCUCAAGGAACAAGUAUUCCUAGCGAGGCCGGCGAUUCCCCUAUUACACCGGCUCACGCACACGGGCCUACCAUUCUCGAGAAACACGCACCUGGGCCCACCAUUCUCGAUAAGCCAGCAGGAAGUUUCUCGGAGAGCCGGCCGCAGCUCAAACCACCACAGAAUUUGGACUCCAGUGAUUUCCAUCGCCAAGUGUUCAAGAGCCUAGAUUCCGAACCUUCGUAUGGAAGUCCUAAAGGCGAUCAUGCAGAGUUUACUGGUAGUCCCUUCCAGCUGGGCACCACCUUAAUAUCUCCGUCACCAACCAAUACCGAAUUUCAUCAUCGUCGAGGACGUAAUAGCACCGACUCUACAUUUUCGGUGGGACAAGGAAACUCGGCCGACGCCUCAAGUUCAAAAGGUUUGAGCUUCCAGACAUCCGCAGGAAUCACCGAGCGUCCAAAACAAUCUCCUCUGGACUCGGCUGAACGACCUGCUGCAGGGGAAACCCCGGGCUGGCAGCAAGGCCUCACUAGGAUUUUUCGUACACGUGCCAAGACUCCAAAGGACGAACGAGAGUCACCUGGGGAGGGUGAUUCGCCAACAGAUCCAAUGAGUAGGGAUAGGGAUGACGCCGCUACCAUGAGCCGGCCUGGUGUUGCAACAACCAACACGAGCAACAACACAUUCACAAUUGUUAAGCGCACGAGGAUUUAUGUGUUGGUGACAAUGGAUUUCUGGAAUUAUCGCAUGUGUGAUGUCACUACCGCGUAUACCGCAGCCGACCUCCGCAGAGACAUCUGUGCCUCCCUUGGAUUGCACGAUAGCGAGAACUUCCGAAUUCAUCCAACCGAGCUGGGGAGAUUUGAGCACCUCACGCCUCUUGCCGACCAAGAACUCUUGACCUUGAAGCGCAACAAAGCUGAUACUAUUGGAACGCUCAAAUUCUUCGUUGCUCCGUUGAGCCAACCAAGCGGGAACUGGCGGCUCUCUAAUGGCUCCAACAAUAGCUCUAAUAAGGUCCCCCAUCCAACUACCCUUUCACCUGGUUAUCUUCCACCUGGUGUAUCUGUGGAGGAUAGCAAGAAUCCUCGUAACAGAUCAAAGCCAUCACCGGGGACAAACUUGACAGUUGACACCAGUCUGGGUAAGAAUGGUGAGGAGAGAAGGUCUCCUAGUGAGAGAAAGGAGGAGCAGCGGAGGAAGCAACAAGUGAAGGCAAGCCCGAGAUCGCCCGAAUCAGCGACAAGCAUCGUUGGGAAGCGGCACGUUGACUUCAAUCAACCGCGAACCUCGCCUUUCGAGGAAAAGAAACACGAUAUUAUGUUCCCGCAAAGGAGCCCCCCUGCUCCGCCUUCGGAUCCCUCUGCUACCCUGAUUAAAGCCAACUCUCUUUCAAAGCCCAAGGGCGCAAAUCGUCGGUCUGCAAACCGCAUCUCGGAUGGCUUUAUAACACCAAGAGUGCCAUAUGAGAAGAUGUUGGAGAAGGAUAAGAAAUAUAGACCAUUGCCGCCUAGCGCGAUGAAAAAGGACAUUGGUUCGAGCGGAUCGCCUGCAUUAGGAUCAUCGAAAUCUCCUGGAUUCGCAUCUCCGCAAAAGUCGGCGACAAAACCAGGUAAGAAAUACUGUCUGGCACAAGAGUUCAUGCAUCCAACGAUAUGGGUUGUAAAUUCACGGCGCUAUGGGCCCAAUGUGAUCGAGACUCGGAGGAGCGAACGUGGACGUCUCUUUUGUGGCUCAAAUUUUUUUUUCCAAAAGUGUGAUUUUGUGCUAAUUAUUGAAGUGACAGAAUUCCAACCCGCUGAUCACAAUUCUGGAUCAACAAGCGGGAGCCAGAGGAUAUUAACCCCGACAGCUGAUGAAAACAGCGAUCCGAUGCCCUGGGAAGAAUUCUCGGGAGGGUCCUUCGCAAAGACAAUAACCUCUCCAACUCCAGAGCCGGACGCCGAUGGUAGUGAUGAUUCUGACGACGGUCUGUUCGCGAUUAUGCCGAACAGAGGAAAUAAGGCACCUGCGAAGAAGCUUGGGCGGGCUCCAUCGAAACCAAAGACCCCCAAGUCCGCGCUGUUAGGCAACAGGGAACGAGAUAGGAAGACCCUGUCUGUUAACUUCAGCACCACGUCCCCUAAAUCGCCUAAAUUCCGAGAUGGUGAUGGCGGCAGUGGUCGUCGUCCUCGCCCUUCUGAUGCCGAAAGGAAAAAGGGGAAGAGAGGAUCAUUUAUUGAGAUGGAGAAGGAUAUGGAUACAUGGGCUAACCGUCCUCCCACCGAUGCUCUGAUAAACAAUCUGGAUGACUUCUUCCCUAACCUUGAUCUUGAUGCCCCUGUUAUAGAGGAAACUGGGGAAGGAGGAAUGGCAGCGUCGCCUAUUACCCCUGACGACGAUGAUAUAGAGAGAAUUGACCAGGCCGACAAGAGGAGCCCAGCAUCGCCAACUGCUGGGCCAUCCUCAGCCAAAAACCCGGAAUCCGAUGGAGCGUUUGGACCUGGAAAGUCCUUCCUGGACAAUGACAGCGAUACUCUGGGCUCUGAUGAAUCAACACUCAAAGCAUUGGAGCGACCUAUGUCGAUGCAUAGCCAUAAGAAGUCUAAUAGUAAAGGGGACCGACGUUCCAUGGGAGGGCUUGGGCGGAAGAACACCAUUCGUGACAUUGCCAACAAACGGUAUACUCGAAACAUGCAAAAUUACGGAACGAACACGAGCAAGGCAACCGACAAGGAUAAGAUUAUGCGACGCAAGAGUACCAAGAUGUUUAACGCCAACAUUGUUCAGAUCAGGCCCGACGAGAUGCCAGCCAUACCUAUGCCACAAGAGCACGAGCCUAUGCCAAAGCGACAAACAACUUUCCGAUGGUUCAAGGGUCAGCUUAUUGGCAAGGGCACCUAUGGGCGAGUGUACUUGGGAAUGAAUGCGACCACUGGUGAGUUCUUGGCUGUAAAGGAGGUGGAGGUCAACUCUAGGGCGGCCGGUGGCGACAAGGAGAAGAUGCGAGAGAUGGUUGCAGCCCUUGAUCAGGAAAUCGACACCAUGCAGCAUCUGGAUCACAUGAAUAUUGUGCAGUACUUGGGUUGCGAGCGAAAGGAGACCAGCAUUAGCAUCUUCCUCGAGUACAUUUCUGGUGGUAGCAUCGGAUCGUGCCUACGCAAGCAUGGGAAAUUCGAGGAGUCUCUGGUCUCCUCGCUGACGCGCCAAACUCUGGCUGGAUUGGCGUACCUUCACCGAGAAGGCAUUCUGCAUCGGGAUCUCAAGGCAGACAAUAUUCUGCUUGAUCUCGAUGGCACCUGCAAGAUUAGUGAUUUUGGUAUCUCCAAGAAGACAGACAACAUCUAUGGCAACGACAAGACGAAUUCCAUGCAGGGUUCAGUCUUCUGGAUGGCGCCUGAAGUCAUUCGUUCGCAGGGUGAGGGCUACAGCGCCAAGGUUGAUAUUUGGAGUCUGGGAUGUGUAGUAUUGGAAAUGUUUGCUGGCCGCCGGCCCUGGGCAAAUGAAGAAGCCGUGGGUGCAAUCUACAAAAUCGCCAACGGAGAAACACCGCCGAUUCCCGAGGAGAUUCAGGAGACGAUUGGUCCACUGGCAGUCGCAUUCAUGAUGGACUGUUUCCAGGUGUAA